AUGGCAGCAGCACACGAAGACUUCUUCAACGGCCGCGGCAGCGAAUUCGACUUGGUGCAGCAAGAUGAGUUCUUACUAGACAACGGCGACCCGGCUCAGGACCUGCAGCAGCAGCUGCAGCAGCACCGCCAGGAGCUGCUGCAGCAGGAAGAGGAAGCGCAGCAGCAGCAGCAACAGCAGCAGCAGCAGCAAGACCUCGUUUUAAACAACGGCGUGGAGUUCCCCUCAGGCCAAACCCUAAUUGAUAAAAGGGAAGACUCCAAUGACCCUUUUUCAGCCCCAGGGGCCCCAGGGGCCCCCCUAGAGGGCCCUCUGGGGGCCCCCCUGGGGGCCCCCCUCGCUCCCUCCCUAGAGGUUUCUCUGGGGGCCCCCACAGGGACCCCACAGGGGCCUCCGAUGGGGGGCCCCGCCCCCUGGGGGGCCCCCCUUGGGGGCCCCGAUCUGGGGGCCCCUUUGGGGGCCCCCCAGAGUGCUGCUGAGAUGCUGAGCCCUGAGGAGGCGGCGAAGCAGCAGCAGCAGCAGCAGCAGCUGCUCAUGCUGCAGCGGCAGAAAGAAGAGCUGCAGCAGCAGCUGCAGCAGGAAAUCGAGGCCCGGCGGAGGGAAGACGAGGCCCUGCGGCAGCAGCAGCUGCAAAUUGCUGAUGAAGAAAUAAAGGGCUUUUAUGAACAGAGAGAAAGACAUCUGGAGAGAAGAAAGGCACAGCUCAGAGCUAAGGCAGCAGCAGCAGCAGAAAAAGACAAAAAGGACUGCGGCAGCGGCUGGGCGAGAGUGCUGUGGCUGGUGGAGAGAAGCAGCAGCAGCAGCAGCAGCCAAGCAGCAGCAGCAAAAGAAAAGGACCGCCCUGAACUGGGGCGCAUGCGGCGGCUGCUCGUGGAGCUGGCAGCAGAGGCCCCGCGAGCCUGA